AUGCCACAGCAAAUUCUUAUUUCUUCAAACAUAAAGUUGGCUAACCCAACAGAACUAUUUGAUCUGGAAGAUGAAGCAAUAAUCAGUCUAUUUUUUGAGGACGAACAUGUCUUUCCUACCGGAAAAUACGGCGACCCUAGAUAUUUCUCAAGUUUGAAAUUAUUGGGAAUGAAAUCAAUUCUUUCUCCAAAUUAUAUAAUUUCUCGAAUUAACACGAUCGUAACGAGAGUUCAAAAUCCUGCCAUU